GGACCCAAGGCUAACGUUGGACCCCAGAGCGGACCAUCUGACAGCGUUGGACCCCAAGAAGGUGCCAAGAACGUAGGUGGACCACGUACCGGCCCAGCUGGCCUCGUAGGACCCGCCACCGGCCCAUUCACCUCCGUGGGUGCAUCCGCUGGUACCUCCACCCUCGUUGGACCAUCCCAGGGCGCCGCUAACUUGGUAGGACCCUCCGUGGGAGUCGUAUCU